GGAUUAACGCUUCAUUGGUUGCUGUCUCAAACACAACCUCGGCGAAUCAGGGUGUCGCUGUUGUCAGGAUUCGGGUACCCGGUGGGUCUGUGACUACGACUGCCAACACACAGUCGCAGAGGUUUAAGAGCAAAGCAUGCUGGGACAGAACUUGCAGCUAAUGCGCUCACGUCAGCUCGACACAGGGAGCCUUUCCACUUCUUACAACAGCCACUAGUCUUUGGAGUAGCCGCCACGGAUGAAAAGAGGGAAAGAGAGCAUGUCGUCAUCAAUCGAAAACCUCUCCAUGCCUCGGAGACAACGAGUCUUCGACACCAACCUCGUUCCCGCCGGGGACCCGCUUCCGGUCUGGAGUAAGCUCCCCUUGGAUGCCAAGCUCCCGGUGGUACCGUCUCCCCGAGGGUCUUACACCUUGUACACCACACAUGUAGGAGAAUCCAAGUACAUUAACAAGCAGAGAUACGAUUUUGACCUCAAUGACCCUUUUGGUCACGCACGACCCGGUGAAUACGACUCACUGCACGACCCAUACCUCAAGGAUUACUUUUUCGAAAAUCCCCGCACGUGGCGACACCUGGUUCACAACAAGUUAAUCACGCGUGACGGAAAGGUCAAGUGCGAUAUAAAAGAGUUCAACCAAUACAGGGAGUACCUGCGGUACCGCAGUGCUACAGACCUGGCACUCCAGAAGAGUGGGCAGAGAACAGACGACGGGUGGAUGGCGGGUCAAAGGCCAGUAAAAACCGAGCAUCCGCGAAGCAGGGUAGGCGGUUCGCAGGACUCGGUGCUCACGAAGGACACCGACUCCAGCGACCGCUUGGCCAUGUACGCGCGUGACGUCAGCCUCGUGCAGCGCCUGCGCAUGCGUGAAAACCUGCUGCUGCGCCGCCUGGAGGAGAAAGAACGAUACCGCGAGGCCGACCACAAGCGGCGAGUCAUCGAGUCUUGGGAAAACCGGAAAUUACGUCAGCGGCGAGUGUUGCAGCGAGAAGAUGAGAUCGACGGACAGGUGCGAGAAGAGAGGCUGCGACAGAUCCUCCAAAGAGAGAAAACCAUGCAACAGCAACGAGAGAGCCUGCUGGCAAAGAUCAGCAACCGAGGAGGAAGGAUGAAGACCAAGAGGCCAGAACAGGAAGGAAAGACAAAGUCUGAAAAAGAACCAAAAGGCGAGGAGGACUCAUCCAUGGAGAAAUCAGCCUCGACAGAGAAUCCCGACGAAAGUGCCAAUGAAGAGGUCCCUGUAGCAGCAGAAGAAUGAACUUGCCCCUAUGUAACCCUUUUACAUAACCACAGAAUCAUUAAGUAUAGUUUACAAUUAUUAAACAUUACUUUCAUGAAAUGUAAGCUCAUCACAUAAUGUUAUUUACGGGGUCAAGUCUUAAGAAGCUUUGUCUCAUCACUGACUGCAAGAGAUAAUGAAUUCCACAUUCAGCAGUUCAUUAUAAUUUUCUUUCCUUUCAUCUUUUUUCGAUAGUUGAAUGUUACAAGACUUCUCGAUGGGCUUUAGUGCUUUGUUAGUGAAGAGGAAGAGAGCGAUGAAACGAGGUGAGGUAUGAAUAAAAAUGUACAGGAUCUCAACUACAAACUUUGAAAAAAGACAGGCAACCAGACAUCAAACAAAGAUGUAGUUUGUAUCGACUAGCAUAAUUUUUGCUUCAUCUUCUCCAUGGUUCAUUAAAUGAUGAAGAAGAGCUUUGCUAUUUUCGUAAACAUAGUCGUCGGCGAUGAUUUACAUAAGUUUGGGAUGAACUAUAAACUGUACGAUUGGCGGGCACUGUGUUCCAAAAGACUGAGCAGGGAAAGGAAAUCCAAAUCUUUUGCAUUAAAAACUAUUUUAAGAUACAGGCUCCUUUGAUGCUUAGUUACUGAAAACAAUUUUUGUUUACAAGAAUUGAAUUACUUUUGAUUGUUGACAUUUUGUGCCGAUUAAGCAGCUUGGGUUCUAUCACUACCAACUAGUCUCGCCCUGCUCCACAAGAAAUGAAAGGGAAGUAAUAAAAUAAACAAUUCUUUCCCUUUGAAUUGUCUCUCAUCGCUCUUAGCACACAGUUCCCUGAAGGGGGCCAGUACUGAAUACUUUUCGAAAAAUAUGGCUAAUGACAGCUACCUGAGGGCUUUGGUAAACAAUACUCACAAAGUUCCCCAAACAUUGUGAAAGCUACGACUACACCAUCACCACUAGCACCAGCAACAACUAGUUGUAGUGUGAGUGAGGGUGGUGAAGAGAAAAGAGGAAAUUCAUUUAUAGACUGGAUAGAAAAAGAAAGGAUGGAUAGAAAGAUGGACCAAUAAAAGAUUUUAUUUGCAAUGCCGUCUGGUUUACUAGGAACUAAGCUUCUAGUAGAAACGACAUGCAAUAAACACAAUAGUUAAAUCUUGUGUCACAGAACAAGACUAUCAUCUGCUUUAGAGGGUGUUUUUGAAAGAUUAUGGUUCAGACUUGCAGCUUUUAUCUUUUUACUUUUUUUUGUGUGUUAAACUCCGCUACAUACUACAGUGGUGUAUUGUGAGCAACAAUUAUCACAAAUUUUGGAAGAAAAGGAAAUGAAAUGUUAUAAAGGAGGUUCUUCGCAGAUAUACAUGUAAAGCUGUUGGUCAGAACUACCAAAAAAAAAAACAACAACAACAAAAAACAAAAAAAAACAACAACAAAAACAAGCAAACAAAUCAUAAAAAUUUAGAUGUAAUUAUUCAUAUUUGUAUUAGUUUACAAUAAGUUUUUAUUUUCCUGGGCAGUUAUAUUUUUUUUUAGAUGAUAACACUGUGUAAAGCAUCAUCUUUCAUUGGACAUCAGCUGCUAAGAAUAAAAAGUUGUUUUGUUAAGCAUGUGUGAAAUAGUGCACUGAUAAUUAAGUAUUUUAUCAGCUUGUGAUUAAAGUUUUAAUAUUUUAAA